AUGGGAGUUCAUGCAGGUGAUCAUUUUAACAGUCUGGUCAUCAACAGAUACAAAGAUGGUCAGGUUGAUUCAAAGGUGGAAAUGGCAAGUUAUUACUCCAAUGGUUAUACCAAGACUAAUAAUGACUCUCUGUAUGCUCUAAAUGCAAGUGGUGUUUCACCCAGAGGGUUUGCCAGCUUCUUGAUAAAAAACAUACUUGUUCAAGACCCUAACAAAGAUGGCACCAAGUUCGAUCCCCUCGACCCUGAUGUAACAUAUGUAUACAGUAUUACAGUUACAAUUCCAAACCUGAGACCAACUACCAGGGAAAAUAGAAUUGAACUACAAGUUAAGGGUUGUGUAAAUGGGAGUGUCAUCGAGAACCAAACCAUCACCUUGUUGUGUAAUGCUACUGGUAAACCCAUACCAAACAUCAGAUGGAUGAAGAAUGGAGAAUAUUACGAUGGAAGUAGUUCAGUAUCAAGUUCAAACAACGCCCUUGUCUUCCAACAAGUAGCAAUAAAUGACGAAGGAAGCUAUACCUGUAUUGCUGACAAUGGGGUUGGUAAUCCAGACAAGAAGUUAUUCACUUUACUUGUUAAAUAUAAACCUAAAGAUACUUUGCUCUGCCCAAGUAAGUUGGAUGUAUGUGAGAACAAGGUCAUUAAACUUAGUUGCACGGCCGAUGCAUAUCCAUCAGUCAAGAACUACUCGCUGUACAAUGGUAAUAUUUACCUUGGAUCAAGCAGCAAUGGACAGUUUACUACAACAGCAACACCAUUGGGAUUGAAUAAGUUUUGUUGUGUUGCUUCGAAUGAAAUUGGAAGUAGUCAAUGUGCCUUUUCUGAUGUAUACCUAAUGGGAGACAUAACCACUCGGUGUAAAAUCAAUAACAAGAAUACAUCAGUUGCAGCAGUAAAGGAAGGAGAUAAAGUAGUUAUGCAGUGUGACGUAUCUGGGAAUGAAUCAUACUACAUGUACCAGUGGGUUAAAGUAAAGGACAGUCUGUCUGUCAGGAAUGAUACAUGGCAAUUAACAUUUGGUUCAAUAAACCGCACGGAUGAAGGUUAUUACCAGGUGACCUUGCGAGAUAAACUAAACUGCUCAUCACAAACAAGAUCUUUUAACAUCACUGUCAACUGUAACGCGUUCCAUUUUGUUCAGUCGGUUGGUCGGUAUGUCAGCGCCACCUUAGAGAAUAUGGAGGGUGAUGAUGUUCAACUAGUUUGCAGUGCUAAUGGUGACCCACCACCUGAUAUGAUGUGGAUAAGAAAUGGAAGUAUUCGAGGCAUGGGGAGUACGUUGGAGAUAAAUGGUGUAUCAAAAAGUGAUGGUGGAAAAUAUACAUUUUUGUCCAACAACAGUCUUGGUUACCAAGUAGAGAAUAUUUUCGUAACAGUGAAAUUGAAAAUCAUAGCACCAGAGAUAACGAAUCCUUAUAAACAAGUAAUAUUGGUUGAUGAGGGAAAAGACGUUAGCAUUGUUUGCAAUGCCAUUGGAUACCCAGUACCUAAUAUCACCUGGACGAAGGACGGCACUGUCAUUGGUGUUGGACGAAUAUUCAAUAUAGCACGAGUAAAAAGGAACGAUUCAUCGUGUUACACGUGUACAGCAGAUAAUGGUAUUGGACACGCCAAGAAUGCCAGCACAUGCUUAGAUAUACAUUAUCCACCUUCCAACAUUGCUAUUCUACCAUCGAGAAGGCAAAUGAUUCUAAAAGAGGGGACUAGUUUUUCCCUAUAUUGCCAAAGUGACAGCAAUCCACCCCCGACUUACACAUGGAAGCAUAAUGGGGGGACUUUAACUGAUGGACAAAAUGGAAUACUAGUAUUUAACAGUAUCAAGCGAAAACAAAACGGAACAUACCAAUGUGAAGCGAAAAAUCAUCUUGGCUGGCUCCUUUCAGUCCCGAUUGAAAUCGUCGUUCAAUGUGAGUAG